GUUACGUUCUUUCCUUUCUUUCCUUUUUUUUUUUUUUUUUCUUUCCAUAUUAGCAUUCAUUCCUACAUAAACUUUGCAUUUCAUAAUCCCUCAGAAAAAAAAAAUGUUCUUUCACUGAAUGUCAAAAAGGCCAAACACAGAACAUGGACAAGCCUAAGUUCUUUGAUAACCUACGGUUUGUGUUUCUAAUAUCCUUUAUGUUCUGUUUCUCAUUGCUUCUGUUGGAUUAUUAUGUGUCUGUCUGUGAUCGUGGCAUGGAGUUUUUAAUUUUCCACAUGAAUGGUACACACCAUGCUCAGAGGCACACCAUGAUGGCUGAACCUUCAAAUUCUUCUUCCACUUUUAACGAAACUGGCGAUUGUACUGAGAAAAGAAUCCAUGCAAAUCAAAACGAUGUAUCUGCAAUUCCUGCAGCACAAGGUGAAGUUCAUAAGAGAAGCAAUGUUGGAGUUGUUGCAAAUCCUGUAUCAAGAAAUUUGGAUUCUUGUUCAGGCAAAUAUAUCUAUGUUCAUGAUCUUGGUAGCAGGUUCAAUGAGGAUUUAGUGAAGGGUUGUCACUCUCUGAUGAGGUGGUUUGAUAUGUGCCCUUACAUGAACAACUUAGGCCUUGGACCUAAGGUUACUGAGAAAUCAAAGGAGAAGGUUCUGCUGAAGGAAAACUGGUAUGCAACUAACCAAUUCUCACUUGAAGUUAUUUUUCAUAACACAAUGAAGCACUACAAGUGCUUAACCAAGGAUUCUUCUCUGGCUUCUGCUAUAUAUGUGCCAUAUUAUGCUGGGCUUGAUGUUGGUCAGUACCUUUGGGGUGGAUUCAAUGUUUCAACAAGAGAUGCUUCACCAAAAGAACUUGUGAAGUGGCUGGCACAACAACCAGAAUGGAAGAGAAUGUGGGGUAGGGAUCAUUUCAUAGUUGGAGGGAGAAUUAGCUGGGACUUCAGGAGAGUAACAGAUAGCAAUGAUGAUUGGGGCAACAAACUAAUGCUUUUGCCAGAAGCAAAAAACAUGUCAAUUCUGCUAAUAGAAUCUGCUGGUUCAAAGGAAAAUGAGUUUCCUAUCCCAUAUCCAACUUACUUUCACCCCACCAAGGAGAGGGAGAUUUUUCAGUGGCAGAAGAAAAUGAGAAAUGUGAAAAGGCCUUACUUGUUUUCUUUUGUAGGUGCUCCAAGGCCUGAUUCUAAUUCAUUGUCAUCCUCCAUCAGAAAUGAGAUAAUCAAACAAUGUCAAUCCUCUAGGAGUUGCAGAUUUCUGAAUUGUCAUGAUAGUCAUCAUCAUAACAACUGCAAUGAUCCUGUGCAAGUCACAAAGGUGUUUCAAAGCUCAGUUUUCUGUAUCCAGCCUCCGGGGGAUUCAUUCACCAGAAGAUCAACUUUUGACUCUAUUCUAGCUGGUUGCAUUCCUGUUUUCUUUGAUCCAAACUCAGCAUAUAACCAAUAUUUCUGGCAUUUACCCAAAAAUGCUUCUAGCUACUCUGUAUAUAUACCAGUAACAGAUGUCACACAGAAGAGGGUAAUCAUCAAUGAGAGAUUGUCUAGAGUUCCAAGACGUCAAGUGUUGGCUAUGAAAAAGGAGAUCAUAAGGCUUAUUCCAAGAAUAAUAUAUCGUUAUCCAAGUUCUAGAUUAGAGACUGUUGAAGAUGCAUUUGAUAUAGCAGUUAAGGGAAUUCUUGGGAGAAUAGAAGCCAUAAAAAGGGACACUACAAAAGUCAAUGAUUCCAGUUCCUAGUGUGUGGCAUUCUUCCACAUGGAUUUUGAAGCACUAUUUUGAAUCAGAACUUGGGAAGAAGGUGUUGCAGGCAGAAGAUGUUGCUAUUUAGCCUCAUUUUUUAUUUUUUUUCACUUUGAUUUUGAGAAUAGAUAUAUCCUCUUUGUACAAUAUUUCACAGCUAUUCAUUCAUUUUUAACGCGAAGGUUUGAUCUUAACUCUAAUAAUACGGUC